AUGUCUACAAUUGUCGCUCCCCUCCCACAAGGUGCUGGUUAUGCUGUCGUGGUUGGUUUAGGGUUUGUUUUCGCAAUCGGUAUGAUCCUCACAACCUAUAUUCUUCGUCGUUAUAAUAAAGAAAUUAUUACUGCUGAAGAAUUUGCAACCGCUGGAAGAUCAGUGAAGACUGGUCUUAUUGCUGCUGCUGUUUGUUCUUCGUGGACAUGGGCUGCUACUCUUUUAACUUCCACUACUCAAACAUACAACAAUGGUGUUGCUGGUGCCUUCUACUAUGCUGCUGGUGCAACUUGUCAAAUUGUUCUCUUUGCAUGUUUGGCUAUCAAGGCCAAGGAAUUGUGUCCCCUGGCCCAUACCUACCUUGAAAUUAUCAAGGCUCGUUAUGGUACCACUACUCAUUUUGUUUACAUGUUCUUUGGAAUUGCCACAAAUAUCUUGGUUACCGCCAUGUUACUUACUGGUGGUGCUGCUGUUGUCAAUGAUUUGACUGGUAUGCAUGUUGUUGCUGCAACUUUACUCUUACCACUUGGUGUGGUCAUUUAUACCUUAUUUGGAGGUAUCAAGGCUACUUUCUUGACUGAUUAUGUCCAUACCGUGGUCAUUAUUGUCAUUAUCCUUGUCUUUGCCUUCACCACAUUUGCAACUCUGUCCACUUUGGGAUCUCCAGGUGCUGUUUGGGACAUUGUUACCAAAUUGGGUGAAUCAAAUCCAAGAGAAGGUAACGCUGAAGGUUCUUAUUUGACCAUGCAUUCUAGAUCUGGUGGUAUUUUCUUUGUCAUCAACAUUGUUGGUAACUUUGGUACCGUCUUCUUGGAUAAUGGGUACUUCAACAAGGCAUUUUCUUCUUCUCCUGCUGCUGCUCUUCCUGGUUAUGUCUUGGGAGGUUUAGCAUGGUUUGCUAUCCCAGUUUUGACUGCUACUACUAUGGGAUUGGCUGCCUUAGCUUUAGAAGAUACUCCAGCUUGGCCAACUUAUCCAUUGAAAAUGACUGCUGAACAAGUUAGUGCAGGUCUUGUGUUACCUAACGCUGCAGUUGCCUUGCUUGGAAAAGGUGGUGCUGUUUGUUCUUUACUUCUUGUGUUUAUGGCUGUCACUUCUGCCAUGUCUGCUGAACUUAUUGCCGUGUCUACUAUUUUCACUUAUGAUGUUUAUCGUACCUACGUCAACCCUAAUGCCUCUGGAAAGACUUUGAUCAUGACAUCCCAUGCUUCUGUCGUGGUUUUUGCCUAUGUCUUAGCUGGAUUCGCUAUUGGUUUGUACUAUGCUGGAAUCUCUAUGGGUUAUCUUUAUGAACUUAUGGGAAUUAUCAUUGGUGGUGGUGUCUUACCAGCUGCUUUGACCUUACUUUCAUCCAAACAAAAUACUAUUGCUGCCACUUAUAGUCCUAUUAUUUCUACUGCACUUGCCAUUAUGUCUUGGUUGAUUUGUACCAAGACUCAAUUUGGUUCUAUUUCUGUUUCAAAUACUUUUGAAGACAAUGCCAUGUUGACCGGUAAUGUUGUUGCCUUAUUAUCUCCAUUGGUUUUGGUACCAGUCUUGACCUUUGUAUUUAAGCCACAAAACUUUGAUUGGGAAAUUCUCAAGUCUGUUACUAGAGUUGAUGAAGAAGAAGAAAUUCUUGCAGCUGAACAUUUAGAAAGUAAACAAGAUCCAGAAAAAAUUCACCCUGUUAAGUCUCAAGUAACAAUUGCCGCUCAUGAAUUGGCACUUGCAAAUCUGGGACGUGCUGCAGAAGAAGCUAAAUUGUUGAAUAAAUCUUUCAAAAUUGCAGCCAUUAUCUGUGUUAGUCUUACCUUGAGUUUGGUCAUUCUUUGGCCAAUGCCAAUGUAUGGUUCCAAAUACAUUUUCUCGAGAAAAUUCUUUACUGGUUGGAUUUCGGUGUUGAUUAUCUGGAUUUUCUUCACCGCUUUCAUGGUUAUUAUUUAUCCACUUUAUGAAUCAGCUGAAGGUAUUGGACAUGCUUGCAGAGGAAUCUAUUGGGAUUGUACUGGUCAAACUUGGAAGUUGAAAGAAUGGCAAAAUCAAAACCCAGAGAAGUUGCAUGCAGUGCAGUCGCAACUCUCUGCCCAAUUAUCUAAACAACAUAUUGAUGGAGUGUCUCCUGAAGGAUAUGUUACACCUCGUAUUGACGAGCAAUUAGAUGAUAUUAAAAAAGAGUAA